AUGCCUGCAGCAGUGAAAAACCUGAUGCCUGUUCCACCCACAGGCAAAGAUGCCCUCCUGUCUACCCACAUCCCAUUCCUGUACAUGAAUGACAGCGAGAGUUUUACAACCAGCUCCCAGGAGUGCUUCAGGUGCUUUUCCCCUGUGCGCAGGAGGGAGACUGUUCCUCAGCCCAUCCCAGCCCAGUUGGAGCACAAGGACUUGGAGCACAUCAGGGAGUACCAGACAGAGAUGGUCAGGUCCUACCAGCGCCACAAGCAACCAGAGAUCACUCGCAUCCCACGCUGGACCAGGCUUUGCACCAACUUCAAGAUGCCAACAGACCACCGGGACGCUACCUUCCUCACCACGCAUUCCCACAGCUUCCAGUCCUGGCCCACCCUCCUUCCGAGCAUCAUCCGGCCAGCGCCAGCCAUCAAGAGAAUGAAGACAGCAGAGCCAUUUCCAGAAAGCACCCAAAGAGCCUCCUUCACGGCACACUACAUUUCCCCUGUUGUAAAAGCAUCAAUUAAACAUCUAGAGGGAUUUCCCACUCUAAAAGGGGAUGGGCGUCUCCACAGUUUUGUCUCCCAGUACAAGGACUCCUUCAAGGGAGAUUGGAGCAGACCGCCUCAGCCUGUGGAGAAGCAAACCACCUCCUCAGUGGCUAUGGGCGAUCUGGUGAAGGUGGUAGAGAGAGAGACGAGCCACCAUGCGUCAUUCAGCCGGCCUGCCGUCUCCAGGCCAGCUGAGGUGAAGGAACGUCUGAAAGUGAACCUUGGGGAUCUCUCUAACGGACCAUGGAUGUCCUCUUCAAUGGAAGCCUUUCAGUACAAGAGGCCAGCUGAUCCUGUGGUAAGGAUAAAGAGGAACCAAAAUUUCAGCUCAAUACCCAAGGGGGACACUGAUCAGGCACGCAACAAAGAGAUGACGUCAGCCACCACCAACAGUUUUUUUUUCUCAGAGGGGAAUCACACAGAAUGUCCUGUUUUGGUGUCUGGGGCCGACCUGAUGACCAAGAGCUGCAUAGAGUUCAGCCCACGUGCUCUGACUGGCCUGUACUACACAACCACGGCCCAAGAGCACUACUGCAAAAAGAAAACAGAGCGGGCUAAACCAGCCAUCCAGCCACCAAGCCACAUACUGACCAGCCAAGAGCCUGGGCCAACUCUGACCACUGUACAGACAGACUUCCUCCCACUACAGCCCAGCAUGCAAAGGCUCAGCCAAUCACAGCUGGACAAGAUCAAGCACAGUCACAUCAGGUUUCCACUGGCCCACCAGCACUUCAACACCACCCACAGUGAUGAUUACAUGGCUAAAUCUGUGAUCCCAUGGCGUCCGAGCAACCGCCAUCCCCAGCUUAUCAGCCAUUUUGUCCUGCAGUGA